AUGGAACCGGGGGAGCUUUCGGCUUUGCGGCUGCUGAAGAACCUGAAGAACAGCACGAGGCCACCAGCCGAGCACUUGUCCUCCGAUGAAGUCUUUCAGCAGCGCUUGCAGAUAGGUCUUGCUGCUGGGACAGGUUUCCUCUUCGUAGUGAUAUGUGCUGUGCUGGUGAAGCUCUUGAGCUGUUUCUAUGGGCGCAAAGAGGACGAGUCCGUAGAUGGCCGCACUGCUGACCAGGAAGUGGUCGAUGAGCAGGAAAGGGCUACAAUUCUUGCGGACGUCUACGGAAAGCCUGAUUCUGCUGAAGAGUUGGAAAUCGGCGAUGAGGAAGCUUUAGAACGAGCUUGGCGGGCGAUCGAGCGGGCGGCCUCCUCAGACGAGGAGAUGGGCGAGGGCGAUCUCCAUCGGGAGGUUGACCUUGACCAGCUCAGUAAAGAUGCACCGCGGCUUUCGGCCGCAGAAGGUCUGGCCUUCAGUGCUGCAGAAGUCUUUGAUUCCAGUCCCAUGGAGAAAAUCGGCACCUCGUUCUUUGACAUCGGUGAGGACGAGGAAGCCACCUUCAAGGGGCCUCACGGGUCCUCCAGCUCUCAAGCAGGGGCACGCAGAGAGGUUUCUGAGAGCGAGAACAUCUUGGAACUCUGA